AUUUCGCGGCACGACUGCAGAACGAGGUCGAGGUGGAGGUGGGUAGCAGGAGCUGCACUACAACUACUGGCGAGAGUGGAGGAGGUCAACAGCAUCUUCUAAAUACCCCCUUUCACGGUGUUGAUCCGUCAAAUUUUUCUGCAUUCGGCGCGACGAAAUCUUCAACCUCUGUUGAUGCUGCGAAGAGCACAAGCAGCAGUACUGGAGGCGGAACCAGAAGUUGUGUAGAAAAUGAUCCUGCAUCGAACAUCAAAUCGCAGGACCAACAUUUGUUCCUCGUCCCCAGUUCUACUCGUAGUACACAAAAACUCCCGCCCAGCCCGCUCUUCCGGCAGCCCUCAAUAAACCUCGCUCCCCUACUGGAGGAGCAGUUGCAAGUCAAGCAGCAAAUUCAAGCCACGAUGCCCGACUCGAACCACUUUCGGCAAGAUCAUGUCGACCUUUUGGUUCGAGGGGUCAAGAAUCUCAACGACGGCGCCAUCGGACCCGGUGAUCAGAUGUCCUUGCAGGACGAGCUACAUCAAGGGGAUUCGAAAACUACACUCCAACAGCUCCUCGAGGAACCUUCUUCAAGAACUACAUCGCCCGGUUUUGAUUUGCCAGCAUCGGCGCAGAUGAGCAGUGGAAGGGCCGCAGCACCACCUUCCGGUGACGUAGUCGUAGAUGGAAAUUAUAAGGGCGCAAGGGUUUCUAUCGAAUAUCAAAUGUAA